AUGCCUCUCCGCAAUCCUCUGUACUUGACACUUCCGGGAUCGUCGGGGUCCGCGGCGGUGGCGGCGGCAGGCGCAAGCACAAGCACCGCGUUGCCGCCGCCCGACUCACCGGCGAUUCCCGACUCGCUCGAGCAUUCGCCAGCAAAAACAUCCGACGAUGGCUCCGAAAUGUCGAGGUCAAGGUUCGUUCGUGUCGUUCAAGACGCUUCAUCAUCCCCGUCACGCUCACCCAACAAAAAAGUUUCCUGGUCUUUAUUCGAUCAAGUCUCUCUUUCCGGCGAGGAAUUCCUUCUGCCUCGCCGAUUCGAGGCAAUCGAGCUUCUUCCGAGCGCUUCAGGAGGCAGCCGAAAAUCAACAUGCCAAUGCAGCGCCACCGACCUAUUGGAUCGCGAGAAUGUCACAAUACGAAAGAUUUCGCUGGAAGAUCCUGAUGUGGCGAGAACCGAAUACAGAAAUAUUAUUCUCUGUCGACUAUUGCCCCACCCAAAUAUUCUGUCAGUUUCUGAAGCUUAUGAGGUCGACUCAAAGCUCUACACAGUCACUGAGCAAAUGGACGGUCGGCUCAUUGAUAUUGUUGAGGAGCGACUUACGCAUUUCGUCGUCGCCAAAAUAACCCAUCAGAUUCUCGCCGCGAUUUCGAUGAUGCAUGAAAGUCGAAUAGCGCACGGGGAUUUGAAUCUCUCAUCGAUUUUGGUCAACACCGACGCCGUUCUUAAAUUAUCGUCCUACGGUAAAAGCGAUGAUUCGUCGGAAUGUCUUGAAGAACGAUUUAAAGAUGAUCUGUUGUCGGUUGGCGCAAUUCUAUCACGAUUUUUGAUGCAGGAAGGCGAAAUGUUCAAGUUCUCAAAAUUCAAAAACCAGAAGGAUGUCGCAUGGAGAACAGUUCUCGAGGGAAGCGCGGAUUCGGGACUUCUUGAUUUCAACGCACGCUCCCUCCUAUUCCAACUAUUGGAAGGCCGCCAUUCCGCCCGCGAACUCCUUCGCCACCCAUAUUUGAAAUCAUUUAGAGCUCCGCAACACCAAAAAGUUGAGCGUAAACACACUGUAGUCGGUCAAAAAACUUCUGAUGAGCUCCUAGAUAAGCUUCGGGAAGAACUCCAAAGAUUUAAUCCAUUCAAUAUGUCCGAAAUAAUGCUUUGA